AUGCCACCCUUCGAAGGGCCAGACCCGGAGAACUUUCCUUCGGCCUUUCGAAGAGAUCAGCGGGGUGAUGAGAUGAUAAUGGUAGCGGACAGAAGCGGGGACUCGCAAACGCUGAGCGACGAUCUUGCUCUUCAACCAGGCGAUCUCGUGGAGUUGAUAACCGAUCAUAUCGGCCGACUUACAACGACAGCUGUGUUUACCCGAAAGAUCGGACCUCACAUAUUUCAAUUCCUCACAAUUCGCGGAUCAUGGUUCCACACAAGAAGCUCUGCAGCCGUCUUUUCCAUACCCAGCUUCUUCUCACCGGAGGAAAUGGAUCAAGUCUUGCCAUACCUUCCAGCCAACGAAUCUGCUCUGAAGGAGGCUCGGAAUUCCAUGUUUAUCCAUGACUGGUCCGUGCCUAGGGAGGCAAGCGCUCCGCUGCUGCGGAGAAUGCGCACGUUUGAAAACGAAGUCGAAGAUUUGACGCGUUGCUGGGGCCGAGCACUCUUUGAUGCACAUUCAUCGGUUGCCCAUGACACUGACAAUAAAUACAUGACACUCAAGGAGAUGGCGACGGAAAUUUUCCCCAAGGAAGUUGAACACAGUCCGGCCCUCAUGUUUGCCCUGGAAAGAACCCUUCUACGUCAAACGGAGCGGUUUGAACUAGAUGGGAACUCUCACCGAUCCUCGCAUACCUUCUUAGUUCGUUCUCGCUCGAUCCUCGAUGCGUACAACUUCGUCGUGCGACGUGUGCGAAGCGACCGGGAAGACAUGAUAUAUUUAGUAUCGAGUCGAGAAGAGCUUGGGAAAAUGGGCGGUCGUGCCUUAUACCUCUUAAAGGGUCCGGACUCCUAUUCAACGCGCUUUCUACCAAAGUUCGCCGAGAAAAUACGACAGCUUGUCUCGACAAGUCGCGAGUCCCGGUCGCAGUUCCUGUCGCACGCGUGCAUAGGACCAUACAUACCCUCAGACACUGACAAGGUACCAGCACGGGGUGACACACCUCUGCAGGAAACAUACAGCGCUACCUUCAGCGAGCUUGAAAAUAACAUAAUUAAUUUCCUGGAGUUCAGCUCGGUUCGCGAUCAGUUCGCGUCCGAUACCGCGGCAACGUCAGCUCUCGCACACAUCCUGCGGCUCACGCUAUGCUACGAAAACCAGUCCUCAGAUAUUGAGGCGCGGGAUUUUAAUUACGGCGGUGCAUAUAAACUGCUUCAAGAAAUCGGCGUGCUCACGCCAUUCGAAAACCGAAAUAAGUAUAUGCCCUCGCUAGGGAUUCCAGGCUACCAUGGGCAGAAAGAUUCAGAAGACAUCGAGGACCUUGCAAGAACGUUGGGUCAGACCAAGUCCUGGGAUCUGAAAGACGAUAUGAGCGACCUUCGAGUCGAUUGGAAGGACAUGAGCGUCUACUGUAUCGACUCGGCAGAUGCAGAGGAGCUGGACGAUGGCAUCUCGCUUGAGCGGGUGUCAGGAAAUGAGGAACAAUUUUGGAUCCAUGUCCAUGUCGCCAACCCGACCUCCCACCUCCAUCCCGACUUUCAAAUAUCUAAAAUGGCCCGGCAUCUUCUCGGGACUAUCUACUUUCCGGAAGGAAGCUGUCCGAUGCUUCCGAAGGAUGUGAGUCAGGAAUAUUUCAGUCUCGAGAGAGACCGCCCGGUCCUGACCUUCAGCAUCAAGCUGGAUCUAAAUGGGGAGGUCCUGGAUCGAAAGAUCCAGCCAGGAACAGUGCGCAAUGUCGUUUGCAUCACACCGGAUCAGGUGAACGCAGCGUUAGGGAAGGCUCAGUCCAUCCCUAAGUUUUCUCUGACCGUUGGCGGGACGUUCCCACGCAAGUCUGACAGUAGCCCGGAGGUUCAGUUGUCCAAAUCCCAAAUCGAGGACUUAGAAACCCUUUCCCUCCUCGCCGAGUACCGGGCGAAGAUUCGCCAGAAUUCCGGUGCCCUUCUUUUCGGCCAACAGGGCUCGGUCACCGUCCGGGUGGCCGAAGACUCGUCGCACCGCGGGCUGCAAUACCGCCCCCCGAGUCGCGAUCGGGCUCGGUUCAUCCAAGGGGACCCGAUCAUCAGCCUCGAAGCAACUCCCUCGCAGCCCGCAUUUGCCGAGAUCUCCGCCGGGCAGCGACUAGUGAUGGAAUUCAUGACGCUUGCGUGCGAAACGGCUGCGUUCUGGACCCAGAGCCGAGGCGUACCGUCGGUCUAUCGACGGACCGUCUUCCAGGGGAACCGAACGGACCCGGUGCGCUACUUCAAGGAGAAGGUUCUCCCCCAGCUUUCCGGGGGCGGUGUCGCGGACCCCGAAGUCUUAACCAACUACCGAGACCUGGUGGGCGGCUCGCUCUAUUCGACCGAGCCCGGCCCGCAUUAUCUAGUCGCCGUCGAUGCCUACUCCCGCGCGACCAGCCCGCUCCGUCGCUAUCUCGACAUGGUCGUGCACUGGCAGAUCGAGUCCGAACUGCGGCGCGAGGCCGGCGGCCAUGAUCAAGGAAGCUGGGCCUACCCGUUCUCCGCCGCCGCGCUGGAAAAACUGGCGGUGGAAGCGGAAUGGCGCGAGCGCGCGAGGAACAAGGCGAUUCAGUUCUCCAACGAUUUCUGGAUCAGCAUGCUAUUCUAUCGGGCGUUCUAUCACCAGGAAGCCGCGCUCCCCAAGACAUUCACGGUCGUGGUCAAGGAGGUGUCGCCCGUGCAUCAGGAUGCGUCGGUCGUUCCACUGGAUUUCCCGAUUCCGUUCCUCCUUUCAGCAGAUGAAGGGGUGCGGUUGGAAGUCGGCGAUCUGUGGGAGGCGGCGAUCACUUUCGUCGAUACGUAUGAUCGAAGCCCGCGGGGGAGGCUGCGGAUGAAAGGGAUCCGGAAGGUCGGCCAUACUGAUACCCUGUACUUGUAA